GAAAAAAGAAAAAAACAGCAACCACCACCACCUCCGCAACAACAACGUCAAAGCAAACGCUUUGGGCCAGGAAUCUCUCUCGUCAACUAAAAGCUCCUCUUCACACUUUUGAUUUCGAAUCGCAAUAUGGAAGCUGCCAGCAGCUCUCGGGGAUUGCUUAAUGGGGAAGAAAUCCUUGAAGGAAAUGCAACAGAGAGCAGCGAUGAUCACUGCUACUCUACUCAGCUUAUUGAUAGUGACGGAGAGUUCAAGGUCACUGAAUUUGAAGAGUUCAUCAAAACCACGAAGUUCGCUGAACGAGGGCUUACUUAUUCUGUUGUCGCCAUUGUUGGCCCACAAAGUAGUGGAAAGAGCACACUAGUAAAUCGUUUGUUUCAGACCAACUUUAAAGAGAUGGAAGCCCUUAAAGGAAGGUCCCAAACAACAAAAGGUAUUUGGUUGGCAAAAUCUCCCAGCAUUCGGCGGUUCACUCUUGUCAUGGACAUAGAGGGUACAGAUGGGAGAGAAAGAGGAGAGGAUGAUACAACAUUCGAGAAGCAGAGUACCCUUUUCGCCCUUGCUGUUUCAGAUGUAGUGCUCAUUAACAUGUGGUGCCAAGACAUUGGCCGUGAGCAAGCUUCAAAUAAGCCUCUUCUAAAAACUGUGUUCCAGGCGAUAAUGCAAUUUUUUAGUCCGCGUAAGUCAACUCUAAUAUUUGUCAUCCGUGAUAUGACGAAGACGCCAUUGGAGAAUUUAGAACCUAUUCUUAGAGAAGACAUUCAGAAGAUAUGGGACUCUGCUCCUAAGCCUGAAGCCGACAGGAAUACUCCAUUAAGUAAAUUUUUUAAUGUUGAGGUUGUAGCUCUUUCAAGUUGUGAACACAUGGAAGACAAAUUUACAGAGGAG